UAAACGACAAUAUUGCCCCCCCCCACCCGGUCUCAGAUCCAAUCCCUCAACCUUGCUAACAACGCUCCUUCCCCUCCACAACGGCAACCAAUCAAGCCAGAGGCAAUGGGUAGAAAAGAGCAGACGUUCUGUGCUAUCCAACCAGGACCAAGUUAACUACACUGGCUUACAACAGUUGUUUUAUUAUCCAUUUCUACCUUUUCACUGAGAAGAAGAUGAGGGUCAUCACUAUCGUUCUUCUGCUGGUUUGUGCAGCCUUUGCUCAGUCCUUCAAGUCUCAAGGUGGGGGGAGUCUGAGAGAGGAGGAGGACAUGUGGGGGAACUACCUAAUGGACAGAGAUGACAACCAUGCCGAGAUCAAAGCUGUCCUUCCAGGUACCUGCUUUUUGUGUAAGCGCAUCAUCAACAAGAUCAAGACCAAGCUGAAUGGUGAUAAGAGCAAGGAUAACAUCACUGCUAUACUGGACUCUAUUUGUCGCAGCUUGUGGAAGCUGAAAGGUGUCUGCAACAAACUGGUCAAUAAAUACAAAGAACAACUGAUUGAUGCACUUGCCAGUGAUGUGGAUGCAGGGAAUACCUGUAAAAAAUUGAAGCUAUGCAAAUGAGAUACCAUUUACCCAUGACUGCCCUGGGCACAGGUCUGAGCAUACAUGUUCUGUCUGUUUUUUUUCCAGAUGAACACGCUGUCAUAGCUUAGCUUUAUAUUAUUUUCAUACACAACUGUCUGGAUGGAAUGGCAGUCUUUAAAGUCACUUGCAUUGCUACUGCAAUUUUCAUUGAAUUAAAUACUGAAACUUAUUCAAAACGGUCUCCUUAGUUUCACAAUAAAACCCUUGCUAUUUAUGUAUACUAUCUCCCUGGAAUGCAGUCGAGAAAAAGGGUCUUGGUGUCUCCCUUUUGGACACUUUACAUUGGAAAAAUCAACCUGUGAAAUAUAAAAUGUAUUGGCCAAGUCAAAGUCCAGACCUGAAUCCAAUCGAGAAUCUGUGGAAAGAACUGAAAACUGCUGUUCACAAAUGCUCUCCAUCCAACCUCACAGAGCUCGAGCUGUUUUGGAAGGAGGAAUGGGAAAAAAUUUCAGUCUCUCGAUGUGCAAAACUGAUAGAGACAUACCCCAAGCGACUUACAGCUGUAAUCGCAGCAAAAGGUGGCGCUACAAAGUAUUAACUUAAGGGGGCUGAAUAAUUUUGCACGCCCAAUUUGUCAGUUUUUGAUUUGUUAAAAAAGUUUGAAAUAUCCAAUAAAUGUCGUUCCACUUCA